UUCGGUUUUAUCGGAAGUUUUUGGCUCAAUUCAGCUUUCGACAGAUAAAAAUGUCCAUUCGUCAAUCCACAACUCUUCUGCGCAGUGCGGUGCGCUCUUUAGCAAGCGGAACAUGCCCUGUGGCUCGUCAUUACUCCGCGUUGGCACGCCCCGCUGUGGUGGCUCCCAGCACAAUUUUUAAAACUCCCUCGAGAGGCUUCAAAACUCUUGAUUUUGCUGGGACGAAAGAGAUUGUGUAUGAACGUUCAGACUGGCCCCUUCCCAAACUGCAUGAGUAUCUGAAGAACGACACCUUGGCUUUGAUUGGGUAUGGAUCGCAAGGACAUGGUCAGGGUCUUAACGCGCGUGAUAAUGGCCUCAAUGUUAUUAUCGGUGUGCGGAAGGACGGGGAGAGCUGGCGUCAAGCCGUUCAGGAUGGUUGGGUGCCUGGCGAGACUCUCUUCCCGAUAGAAGAAGCAAUCCAGAAGGGCACCAUCAUUAUGAACCUUCUUUCUGACGCCGCACAAGCCCAAACAUGGCCUGAAAUCAAGCCUCUUAUUACCAAGGGGAAGACUCUCUACUUCUCCCAUGGAUUCUCCGUCGUUUUCAAGGAGGACACGAAAGUUAUCCCUCCAGCCGACGUAGAUGUCAUCUUGGUUGCCCCUAAGGGAUCCGGGCGCACGGUUCGGACGCUGUUCAAGGAGGGACGUGGUAUCAACGGUAGCAUUGCUGUCUGGCAGGAUGUCUCAGGAAAAGCCCUGGAGAAAGCUCGCGCCCUCGCUGUUGCCGUCGGUACUGGAUACGCAUACGAAACAACCUUUGAGAAGGAGGUGUAUUCUGAUCUUUAUGGCGAGCGCGGUGUGCUCAUGGGUGGCAUCCAGGGGAUGUUCCGUGCCCAAUAUGAGGUUCUGCGGAGAAAUGGACACUCUCCUUCAGAGGCUUUCAAUGAAACUGUCGAGGAGGCAACUCAAAGCCUCUUCCCGUUGAUCGGUGCAUAUGGGUAUGAUUACAUGUAUAACGCAUGCUCGACAACGGCGCGCCGCGGUGCUUUGGACUGGGCUCCGAUUUUCGAGAAAGCUAAUCUUCCUGUCUUCGAAGCGCUGUACGAGUCUGUGAAGAACGGCACCGAGACCCGCAAAGCGCUCGAAUUCAAUGGGCGGAAGACCUACCGGCAGGAUCUUGCUAAAGAGCUUGAGGAGAUUAACAAUCAGGAAAUUUGGCGCGCAGGUCGCACGGUUCGCACACUUCGGCCAGAAUACAAGGAAUAGAUGGGUCUUGGUUGUUCGCCGCCUUGCUCCAAAAAGGAGUCUUCGGACUUCGCCAUCUACUUGCUGGUCUGUUAUAUAUACAUGCAACCAAUUCCAAGGAUGAAUCAUAUGAUAUUUACUGAGAUGCUGGAAACUUAUGCCUGAGCGACUGAUAAUAUGGGGGUGGGCAAUCCAGCCUUUAACGGUGAUAGCGCUGGAGUCGUCUUUAGCGGAGGUGUCGAACUUGUUGUCGAAUGGGAUAUUUAGUAUCGGUCAUCGUUUCACUC